UCAGCGGCGGAACUGCUCUAGUCACAUAAAGGGCUAGUUUGAGUGACAGCAGCUUCAACCAAUCAGAAGCCGGCUUUUUCAGGCCGCUGCUGGAACGUCUGCUUUGAUUGAUAGCGCCGGCCGCGAAUCGUCAGCCCGCUUGUCACUGGCUCGAGGCCUCCGCCGGCCAAUCGCUAACGGAGACGGCCCUGCGUUCCCCUCCCCCACGCCGCUGCUGCUGCGCCGCUCGGUCGUUUUUAGGAGUGGGAAAAUAAAUAAAUAUUAAACCCCCCGAACAGGAUCCGCAUUCAGUCCGUGGGCGGGAAGGCGUCAUGUAAAUCGGCCGAACCGUGAGCCUGUGAGGAUGAAGCGCUGAGGUGAGGGGAGCCGUGUGAUCCCGCCAGGCCCUGUCUUUCCUUUAACCUUCGCUUCGGCCCACGAUGUGCGCGGCGCCUGCCGGCCUCGGAAAGUCACAGUGCGGCCUGCUGUGAGAGGGACAGCGAGCACGGGGACACAACCACUCAUUACUAUCACCGGCAGAUUGAGUUUUGAAAAUGGGGGCAUUUUUGGAUAAACCAAAAACUGAAAAACACAACGCCCACGGAUCAGGAAAUGGCUUGCAAUAUGGACUUAGCAGCAUGCAAGGCUGGAGAGUUGAAAUGGAGGAUGCUCACACAGCCGUGGUGGGUAUACCUCACGGCUUGGAAGACUGGUCCUUUUUUGCGGUUUAUGAUGGCCAUGCAGGAUCACGUGUGGCAAAUUAUUGCUCGUCGCACUUAUUGGAGCACAUUACAGACAACGAAGAUUUCAGGGUUGCAGAAUCUUCAGGAUCUGCUAUAGAACCAUCUGUAGAAAAUGUUAAAAGUGGCAUUCGAACUGGAUUUUUAAAAAUCGAUGAAUACAUGCGCAACUUUGCUGACCUAAGGAAUGGGAUGGACAGAAGUGGAUCUACUGCUGUGGCAGUCCUACUUUCACCUGGUCACAUGUAUUUCAUUAACUGUGGGGAUUCUCGAGCUGUACUGUUUAGGAAUGGGCAAGUUUGUUUUUCAACACAGGAUCACAAACCUUGCAAUCCAAGGGAGAAAGAGCGAAUUCAGAAUGCUGGUGGCAGCGUCAUGAUCCAGCGUGUCAAUGGGUCGUUGGCAGUUUCACGUGCCCUAGGGGACUAUGAUUACAAGUGCGUUGAUGGCAAGGGACCUACAGAGCAACUUGUUUCUCCUGAACCCGAAGUCUAUGAUCUUCUAAGAGCCGAGGAAGAUGAAUUUAUUAUAUUGGCUUGUGAUGGCAUAUGGGAUGUCAUGAGCAAUGAGGAGCUUUGUGAGUUUGUGAAGUACAGGCUUGAGUUAAUGGAUGACCUUGAAAAAGUAUGCAAUUCAGUAGUGGACACCUGUUUACAUAAGGGAAGUCGUGAUAACAUGAGCAUUGUCCUAGUUUGUUUUCCAAAUGCUCCGAAGGUCUCUGAAGAUGCAAUCAAAAAAGAUGCAGAUUUGGAUAAACACUUAGAAUCAAGAAUUGAAGAAAUAAUGACAAGUGCUGGAGAGGAGGGAAUGCCAGACUUGGCCCAUGUAAUGCGCAUCCUAUCUGCAGAGAACAUCCCACAGUUGCCUCCUGGUGGAGGUUUAGCUGGAAAGCGCAGUGUUAUUGAAGAUGUUUAUAAUAGGUUGAAUCCACAUAGAGAGAAUGAUGGGGGUGCUGGAGAUCUAGAAGACCCAUGGUAGCCUUACAAAACUCCUAAAAUGUUUUUGGUCUGGAAAAAAGGGGGAAAAACUUUAACCACCAUUCUCUUCAAACCAAUGAGGAGACUCUGGUGAAGCGACAGCUAUGUACAAAAUGGGCAAAAAAGAGAAAUGAUUAGUAUUUUGCACCAUUUGUUGGUUUGUUUUAUAACAUUGUCACACUUAGCAGUAUUUUGCCAGCCUCAGGAUUUCUGAUCACAUGUGCAACAUUUACUCCUUAACACUUAUUUAGCCCUAUAAGUGCCAAAUGGGUGAGAGAACCUUUGAUUACCUCUCUGGCACUUAAAGGGUAACACUGGAGGGCCUUGUGGUGUAUUGUCUUGCAGGCACCUUUGGUGCUAAAGAGCUUAGGAAGAAAUUUGAUGCCUCAUGCCGUUUUUCUGUUUAUUUUAAUGUACCAAGGUGCAUGCAGUUGUACUUCAAAGGUACAGUGCUUUUUGAAUUAAACUUACCACACAAGCAUGCAAGAACACUUAAUUGUAUGAGACAUUACUUUUUAUUUAUAUUUUUUCUCCCUCCUCGUCCCCUUUUUUUUUUGGAAGGUUUUCGGGUGUUUCAUAGAUUUAUUGGGGGAUGGAGUGGGGCAAUUAUGUUUAUACAUUUUGUAUAAUCUUGUUUUAUUAUACUUCCACUAGCCUUGGGAGCUUUCUUCAGUGGUCUAAAGUACAAGGUUCCGUCUAAACAUUUAAAAUUAUAUACUGGUUAUCACUUUGACUAAAACACUAGAAAGAAAAUUUAUCUCAAGGCUUGCGGGAGAUUAAUUAACAAGUGCUUAUGUAUGCCCCAAAAUCCUUGCACUAGUCCACAAAGAGACGUAAUGUAUUAAACCCCAAGUUAUCUGUUUGUGAUUCACUUGGACUGGAAGAAAAACGAUGCAUCAUGGGUCUUGUUGUAAUCAAAGGUAUUUCUUUAUUUGGACAUGUAAAAACAAUAUUUCUGCUAAACCAGGCGUUCUAAGACUUGAAAUGUUAAUUACCUAAAGCAGCAGUUACCAUUUGGUUUAGACAAGACUCCUCACUGCUUCAUUCAAAUUGAUGAAUGCUUAAUUUUAUUUCUGUGAUCAUCUUUCUCCCUUCUAUCAUCUAAAGACCAAUUGAUUACUGGCUCAAACAUAUCAAUAAAACAGACUGUCCAACUUCACUUUAUGGUCAGUCGAUUUAACUUUACGCGUCACUGCUGCAGGCAUUUGUUUAUUUUCAUGUAAUUUUUUUUAAGCUAAACUAGCCUUUUAUAAUGUAAAUUGUGAUUUUGUUAAAGUGGUUUUCUAGUUUUCGCUUUUUUUUUUUUACUUUUUGUGUGUAAGAUGGUAGCAUUGUGUAAUGUGGGUAUAACUUAAUUGUUUGCAUUAUUUUGAGAGCUCAACUUAUCAAUUUGAAAUUACUAUAUAUAUAUAUAUUAAAUAAUCUAUUUUAAAUCUUAGGAAAUAAUACAGAGAUAUUUUCAUGGGUUCAGUGACUUUUCAUUUUAUAAGCAAUGGGCAUGGUACAGAGUGGCUGUCGUAAGGUACUUGAAGAUUGUCUAAUUCUAUUUUUGCAAUAACUUUUUUUUUUUUUUAAGUUGUGCAUGUAUAAAAUACUGUUUAAUGCUGAAAAUGGAACAAGAAAUAUUUAUCUAAAAGCUAUCGGAAAGGCAACAAGGAAUGUAUAAAUCUGUGGAUUUACAAGAGAUGUGGAUGCCUUGUGAAAUUCUGCUGUUUUUUGGUUUAAUUUUUACUUUUUUUUUUUUUUAAUUUCUGCAAGGGCGUUCAUGACCAUUUUUGUGUGUAAUUUUGACUGACUGUCAUCAACUAGUUUUGUGUGAAUUGACAUUUGUUAUCUUUCUGGUAUAUAGUCUUCUUUCACUUGCUAAAUCUGUAAACCAACUUGCAUACUGGUACCUAGUUCAGCCACCCCAAUAUUUUGUCAGAUUUAUUUUUCCUCUGUGUUUGUCAAAGGACUAUUGCUACCAUUAUUUUAUUUAUUCAUUACAUUUUAGCUUUGUAAGUUAGUGUUAUCCAUGAUAAUGCAAACUCCUAUUGGCUGGGCUACUUUAUUAAUUUCUUUUAUUUUUUUUACUUUGUAUUUUUAUUUUUUUUUCCCCCUCUUCCUCUUUUUGGGUAAAGAACACAGAAUGGCUUGGUCAGUGUCCACUCUGGUCCAAACAUGUACUGAUACCUUCCCAGUAUGAUAUUGUGAUGUUUCAUACAAUACAGUGAACAUAACCAACUUGUUACCUUCAAUAAAGGAUUGCUAAAAUUUU